UUAGUCCUUUGACGUAGAAUAGUGCAUUUUUGCUGGGUUCCUGAAAUCGCUUUUGCGCCUUUCCCACACAGCAGCAUUAAGAACCCAGCAUUUCCUAGUACUUUAUCAAAUUCUUUCCCUCCUUUGUCAUGACGCUCGAGAAAGAUACACUACAUGUCGUCAUUCGUCUGCCAUUUAAGCGACCUCCGGAUUUCGUUGAGCCACCACCUAUUCUUUGGACGGACGACAUGGAGCAACAGUUACGACAAUAUAUGAGCCAAAAGCAUACAGACUGGAACCAUAUCGCUGAACAGCUGCGUGUGCCAACUUCGUAUCUUAUUCGUCAUGCAGCAUUUAUUUAUGAAACUCAGCUUCUCGGAAUCAAGCAGUUCCGUUUCCUAAACGAAGUAGGAAAAACACCACCCCCUCUUCCUUCGUCGUCUACAAGUAGUAGUAGUCAUCAUCGUCGUAACGUCUCAUCGCAAAGUAGACCGUCGAGUCGACGACAAACAACAACUUCAACAACACCAACAUCAACGAUCCAUCAGCUACAGCAGUUCCAGCAGCUACAAAUUCAGCAGCAGCAACAACAACAACAACAACAACAACAACUGCAGCAGCAGCAUGAUACGUUUAUGAUAGACAAGGGUAAAUCUCCAGUUGAUUCAAUGCAGCUAUCCACUAUUUCCAAUAUCGCACCGCGUAACGUUCUGCCCACAAACGAUAAAUCAGCCGUCGUCGAAGGAUCACUAUACACAAGCUUUGCGAGUCAGAAGAGUAGCCGGACAUAUUACUCUCCGCAACAAUCGAUGGGUCCAUCCGACAGUGACAGAGAGAAAGAGGAGGGAGGUGAAGAGGAGGAGGAGGAUGAAGGAGGAGAAAUCAUAUCAGAACAAUUCCACAAUUUGCAAAUAGAGGAAGAGCCUGCAUUUCUGCCAGUAAGAAUACAGGCAUCGUCGUCUUCAUCAUCGCCAUCUAUUCGUCCGCGUGAGCAACGACGAUUGGUGUUUUCGACAAUUUCCUCCCGCUCAAGAGCCAAUCGUAAAGCGUCCUCAUCCAGUAGCCGUGCGGACGAGUCGACGGGGUCAUCAUUAGAUUUAUCAGACUCGUCUAUUACACAAUCUGCCUUGGAAGAUGCAAUCAUGUCCAAGUUUAACCACGGCUCGAAAAUGUCCUCGCUGGCACUGUCAAGGAAAUAUGGAGCACCUGCCGAUCCCGGCAAAUCAAAUGACUCUUAGAAAUAAACAUGGAGCGUAUUAUACUAAAG